AUGACUAUAUCCAGCAAGGCUAUCCUUCAGAACAAAGGAGAAAUAGACUUUUCAAGGUGCCCGGUGGCCGGACUCCGCCCCGCCCCCCCAGACCUGCCCACCAGACCCUUGACUUUGCGCCUGGAGCUUGCCCCGCCCUUCCCCGCUCCUCGACCACGCCCCCGCGCCGCUCGCCCCGCCCCCUCCUCCCUCCCGGGUUCCCUGGCUGCAGCUGGACGCUGUCACCACGGUGACGCGGCGUCCCGGACUCUCUGCCCCGAGCAUUGCGCGACCGGCAGCGCGCCGACCUUCCCAGGCAGUAAGAGACCCCCGCGACGCCUGCGAGCCACUCACCCGUCCCUGCCCCCCAGUGCAGCUGGAUCCAGCCUUCACCUCAAACAACCCCAAGCCCCACGCCUGAACCUACAGAUUCCCUCUGCUCCUCCAGGUUGGGGCUCUGGGGCCCCGCGGCUGCCCCGAAGCCACCAGGGAAGGCUGGGUUUUGUCUACAAAUCCAUAGAAUAAGUGAUGAUUAAAUCAAAUGAAGCUAUGUCAAAUAAAUGCUCCUUUGGACACAGACCAAGAUUGGCAAGAAAACUUCAUACUUCACCAACACAGGGCUCUCUAAAUGUAGCCAAGACAUCCUCAGAAAAGCAGGAAGUUUCUCCAAAGAAGAUUGAAAAGAGAGUCCCUUUAAAGAAUAUUGAAAAGAAAACAUCUCCAGAGAGUAUUGGACAUAAAGAUACCUUACCAAAUCAGCAGUCAUCUUCCUUCUUGAAAGAAAGCACAGGUGAAAAGAGCAAAGAUAUAGGCAUUGCAAAGCAGGAGAAAAGGAAUGACUGUUGCCUUCAGGAUAUUGACAAUGAGUCAUCAGAAUCAACAGAUGAUGGAGAAGACAACACCAGUGGGGAAGACGACACCAGUGGGGAAGAUGAUGAGCGUGGUCAUCCUCGGAAGGGCACUCGCGCCCCACUGGAGUUAAUGGCAGAAUUCCUGAGAGCAGAAAUGAGCCGAGACUACCCUCUAGCAAAAAAAUUGUGUCAGAUGAUCCUAAUCUAUGAACCAGAAAAUCCUGAAGCCAAGGAGUUUUUCACACUUAUUGAGGAAAUGUUGCUGAAGGAGAAAGUCCAGAAUGUGGAGGACGAGGCGGAAGACAGCGAGGAGGACAGCAGCAGUGAGAGCGAGGGGGAGAGCAGCGAGGAUGCCAGCGAGGAGAGCUCUGACGAAUGUGAAGACGGGUGA